AGGCGGCGCGCGCGCGCGUAUUCUUAAUUCAAAAUCGCGUGUUCGCUCUCGAUAAAUAAACGCACAGCUGUUUUUAUUUUCAGCCAGUGUUAUUGUAUUCUUAAAUUAAGUUUUUGAAUUGUUGUCAAGGAGUUUAUGGUAUUAGUGCCUCUGAAUGGUCGAAAUUGUUUUGGUUGUGCAACUUCUUAUAGUGCAAGGUUGUUUUAGUGCUUUAUUGUAAAGGAGGUGUUAAAUAUUCACAGUCGAAGAUUGGAAACCGUCUCCUCACGCAGAACUGAGAAGAUGCAGUAUUUUCAAAUCAAAAUAAGAAGAAGGAUUCUUAACGAUAAUAAUUCGUAGAACAUUUAAAAAAUGGUGGCUCCAUCUUGGAAUAUAACACGACGGUUUAAAAAACAAACACAUCUAUGGAUCUCCAUGAACGAACAGAAAAACUAACAAUCAACACUGGCCACUAAGAAAAAGUUUGCAUACCAAAUGAGAUAGCAAAGAGUCCGACUUUAAAAGUCACUAAGAAGAUCGAAGACCGCAGAGGUUGCGACCUCCUUGGAUAACAAGAUGUCGACCAGCAAUGACCUCACCGAGGUGGAGUCGGCUCCCAAGUUGAGGAUGAAGCCAGCUGUCAAGAAGAUCUUCUGUUGCAGCGUCACUGCUGCUUCGGGAUUCAUAGCCGCUUACGCUUUGGUAGCAUACGUGAUAGCGCUGAUCUACGAGAUAGUGUGGGUGCUGGAGGGCGGCGCGGGGCUGCCGGCGGCGGCGGCGGCGCUCAUGCUGUGCUACUGCGUGGUCAUCGCCGCCACCGUCACCCUGGUGCACGGGCUCAUCUCUAAGAACAACAAGUGCCUGAUGGCGUGGCUGAUCGCGGUGAUCCUGGUGCUGGUGCCGGAGUGCGCGCUCGUCUUCUACAUGUCCAUCAGCCAUUGGGGUCUGCAAGGCGUGUACGGCGGCGCGGAGCUGGCGUGCUACGUGGCGCGUCUGCCUGCCAUUGUCAUAGGAGUUGUGCUGGUGCAAUCAGCUUAUGCGCUGAGGGAGGCCAGGAUCGCGGGCUACCCCAGCGCGGGCGGCGCGGUGGGCAGUGAGUUCGACGCCAGUCACUACGUGCCCGACGCGCCCGCCGCCUUCACGAAUGAUGGCUUUAUGAGCGAUAAUGGCAAACACGGCUCAAUGCCAGACCUUCGCAGGCACCUGGCCACCAGACACUCGUUCAACAUGGGCUACCCUCCCGCCAUGAUGCCGCCCCCGCCCCCCGCCUACUGGCAGCACCUGGCUGAGCGGCAGUACGCAGCCAGCUUACGAGGCUUCCCCAAGCCAUACCAGCCACAGAUGUACGGGACCUGGGUCGGCCCUAGGACACACCCGAGCGAAGCUAAUUACAAGCGAAGACACUCCGUUGUUGGCGCUUUUGCUGAUGAGUAUCCUGCUAAAGAAUACGAUGGGUAUAACGAAGAUAGAGCUGACUGUAAAAGCGAGAUGGGUUACCCGUAUUAUAGACAGUAUCAUUACGAUCCUCGGAUGUAUCCGCCAGAAUACGAUCCGAGGUUCGCGUAUGAUUAUAAACGGGAUGAUACAGCGUAUGGGGUGAAUUUGUUACGUCAUGAGCCGUAUCAUUUUAGGGGGUCUCGGGAUAGAGUGUUCUAUGACCCAGGGUUCAGACAUAGUCACCAGUCGGUGGGGAACGAGUCUGAUGAUCUAGGAAAGUAUAAGGAUGUAGCGUUGUGAGCGGCUGUUGUGAUUGUUAGUGAAAGAGAGCUGUUGUAAAUUAUCUUAUGUAUAUCUUAGGUAUGUAGUAGUAAGUAUGAGCUGAGCACUAGAUACUCGUAGAAUAGAAUAAUCCUUAAAUUUUAAUGGAAUUAAAUAGAAUUAAGAAGAGCUAGCUAGUAUUGGAUAUAUAGAUAGGAAUAUACUUAUUAAGUUAUCUUGAUAUAUA